AAUCCCACACUGCGAUAGUUCUGGGAAGAGGUGAAAACUCAGGAAGUCUUGGAAUACUAAUUAUGAAAUGUUACAGUUCCUCGGGACCCGGGGUCUGGCUACCGUCAGCGACUCUCCCCUCGACAAGAAGGUCGAGAUGACCAACCUCGAGAAGGUGAGUGGUGGACGUCCCUUAAUGAAAGCUUCCCGUGCCCUCGGCUGGCUUCGGGUAUGCGAAUACCGGAUCUGGAACACAAUUUGCUAACAGGCGCUUCGCAGGGUAACUACAUCAACUACAAGUACGCAAACACCACAGCAACCUUCAUCAACUCAAGAUGCAACCAGCAUUCGCAUUGAUGGAAUCGCGUGCUAAUGUAUUAUUUUUCAAUUCUACAGGAAGAUGUCCGAGAACCUCG